CCUUGUUCUCCAUCGCCGGCGAUCGCCGGUCCUGUUCCUGCAUCUUUCAAGGUUCUCCUUUGUUUCGUGGUUUCCGCUCCCGAGUUGAUUUGUUUUCUUUCUUGACUUUCGAACUUCAUCGGCAUCAUCGCAACUCCUCCAAUGUCCUAACCCUCCCGACUUGCGGCUCUUUUUCCUCGGUCCCGAAUCAUCGCAUUCCAGUCCUGCGCCGCCAUGACACUCCCCGACGCCCAACAUUCUUCUGUCGCAAGUUACGAGCUCCUUCUGGAAACAGCGGCAGCUUGGACCUCAACAACGGUCAGCUGUAAUAGCUUCUCUACAUUUGCCUCUUCUGGCAAGUGAUUCGAAUAUCCGGCUGCGAUCUCGAGAACAUAAGACCAAAGAAUGAAGUCGGCCGUCUCCAUCAUCGCCCACUUCCUCUACAAACUCGUCUACUACUUCAUCUAUCUCGUCCUUCUCGCCUUUCUCAUUGUCAGUCCUAUCGACUUAAUCCGCCAGGCCAUCAUCACCAAGCAGAACUACAGCAUCCUUAUUGUUGCGCUCUGCUACCUCGUCACCAUCCUCAUCAUUGUCUUCAUCUACGCCACUCGACUGUACUACAACAAAGCGGUGCUCGACUCGAUUCCCAAGUCAUGGGUUCCUAUAGAGAAGGGCGACGUGCUCCGCGAUGUCAGACAGUUGAUCGUUGCCGGGCUCAGCAGGAGCGCCGCCAUUGCGUAUGAAGCGAGACCAAGGUUGCCUUUACCUUCGCCCCUAGCUGCUCCCGGUGCGCCGCAUCCUACAUCGCAAAGGCAAGAGAUGGAAAGGAAUGAUAAUGAAGGGCAAGAUGGAGAACCACAGCAAGAGCAUAGUGGAUGGAUAGCCACGGCGGCGAAGGAAGCCUCGAAAGAAGCUGCCGACAGAUUCACUGGGAAACGGUCCCGCUGGAAACCGAAAGUGCGUAGGGGAAUCAGCGCGGACACCAUCGAGGGUCGGGAAUCCGAACAUAAUUCGACAACCACACGCCCAUCGGGCCAUGACGAGCCGGUGAGCAUCAACAUUGUCGCACCGCGUGGAGGACCCCAUAUCUGGGGCGAAAUCGAACACCCCGGCUGGGCCUCGCCCACUUCUCCGGAUCUCGCGAAUGUGCAGUACGAUGCAGUCAUAAGCGAACUGCCGAAUUUGAUCGAGGCCAAGGCUAUCACCCUUGCGCCGCCGGACCGGACAUCCGAAGGCGGGGGAGGCGAGGGAGAAGCAGGGAGGAUGGACCCGCCGCUAUUGGACCCGGAUGCUGUGGCGCUGCUACAGCGACAUGAGAGCAUGGGACUCCGCGAGUAUCUGACCAGUUUGACGGAGCUCGGCGUGGUAGCACCAUCAGAGGCCCUGAGUGAAUUUAUCAAACUGUAUGAGCGCGCUCGGUACUCAACUCGGCCGGUUUCGAUUGACGAGUUCAGACGGUUGAUGCAUGUCUUUGCGGAAGUGCUGAGAGGCAUGAGACCGCUUGACCCGGUGGUAUUGGACGAAAUUGUCGGAGAGUAUGAGGAUGAUGGGGCUGAAGACAAUGAUUCGGAAAAUGCUCGUGACAAGGGCACCGAAGGGGACGGCAGUAACGAUCGCCGUUUCUUGUCUCCCUACUCUCAGAAACAGCAACAACCAUCACCUCGCUCCUUUUACGAAAGCGACAUCGACAACGAUGCACCCAGGCGUAGUUAUUCGUCCGGCGAUUUACGCAGGGACAGCGAUGGCAGUAGCAUGUACCACGGUCAACGUGCCCAUCAACAACAGCAACCACCCAGAACCCCCACACCCAAAACGCCCAAAAGAAGAAAAAGAAAAGCCAAAUACACCACAGCCGCCAACCCGUCAGACCCAGGCCCAAGCGACGCCAACCCCCUCCGAGGCCUAAAUCACCUAACCCGGCAACAAACCAAUUCCUCCUACUUCUCUUCUUCCUCCUCCCUCAGAAGCACCCACACCCACAACCACCUCCGCCCCGAAACAGCAAAAACAGCAAAAACCCAUUUCAGCAGUCGCAGUCAUCCUCAUCACCAUCAACGCUCCGCGAACCGCAACUCCUCAGGCACUUACUCGACCACGUACUCUUGGCAGCAACAACAGAGACAGUUUCGUACGGCGCCGACUACGCCUAGGAGCGUGGCGAUGACGGCGGGGACCACGGGUCUGUAUAGGGCGGGGACGAAUGGUACGGGGAUCAGUAAUGGGGGGGUUUCGCAGUUGUCGUUGGCUUCGUCUUCUGGAAGUGGGAGGAGUGCAAGGAGUGCAAGGAGUGGAGGAACUAGUGGUAGUAGUGGGAGUGUGAUUAGACUAGCGGGGAGGGGGGAUCAGACGGAUUUGCCGUAUGUUUUGAUGCCUGCUGCUAGUAUUUGAGUCGGGCUUUUAGUUUAGUGCUGGUGACGAGGGGAGGGGAGGGAACCGUGUUGGGCAGAAGGAGCAGGAGAAGGAGCAGGAGUAUAGAACAUGACAUGAUGCUGGCGACAGCUUGAUUGAGCGAGACGCAUGGAUGGCAUGAGAGGGGAGUUCGUCGGGAGUUAUUAUACCCAUUCUUAUGGCUUAGUGUCUAAUUUUAAUCAUUACUGAAGCCCGUUAAUGUCCUCGUUUUACUGUCACAGUGAUGUUUUUGUGCGGUUUUCUCUCUUGCCUUAAACGUGCUAGAAUAGCCAGAGACUAGUCUAGCUACCGAUGCAAAGGAGCAUUUAAAUGAAGUGAAUCUCGAAAGUUGCGUAUCAUCCAUCCGGUCGAGGAAGCUGUUGGUUAGUUUAGAAUAGUAGAAUCGUACGGGGAUGCGAGCUCGGGC